AUGGAAAUCAAAGCACAAGAAGUAGAAGUUGACCAAGAUUUUGUGAAGAUGGAAGAGCUGACUGAAGAGAGAGACAAAAAAGAGUUGCAUAAGUUCAAAACACUUAAUGACAGGUUAGAGCAAAAAGAGAAAAUGAUCCAAAGGGCUGUGGACAAACUGGUCCUCUUAAAAGCAGAGGUGCAAGAAAGAACAGAACCCUUAGACCUCAUAUUGGAUAACAUAAAGAAAGAAAAAGACACGUUAUCAGCCAUUCAGACACAAGUGAAAUUACUUGUCAGUUCUGUUGUUGACAAGCAGCAAGAACUGAAACCAAAAUAUGAAGAUGGCCAGCAAUGGUAUGAAGAAAACCUGGACCAGAUUAGAAAAGUGCAUGAUGUUGCCAUAGAAGCAGAGAGACAACAGUUAGAUAAGGUAACACAAACUGACAUUGAAAAACAUGCACUUGAUGAUGAAAAGGAAGCAGUGAACAGAAAGCUGUCUGAAUUGCAUGAGAAAGAGAGUAGGUUUAGCUAUAAAAUCAGCUCUGUAGAGACCUUUUGUGAUCAACUUCAGCAACGCAAUAAAUGCCUACAGGAGGAAAUGCAAUACCUGUCAACCAAAAUGCUGGGAAACAAAAAUGACAUUCAGAGUCUUUUCUCUGUGCUGCAGCAGGAUCGCUCUGCCUUAAAUGACCAAAAGCAAAACAUAAUCAGUUGCAAGGAAUCACUGAAUAAACUAAAAUUUAUGAUAACACAAAUUUUAACUGGCAUGUCUAAAGGUAAAGAAGUAGAGAAACACGAAGGACCGCAAAUGGAAGACAGUUUGGUUUAUGAAGAAGUAAAGGAGAGAGACAGCCUGGAUAGAACUAACCAAGAAAGGGAUUGGACCAACAUAGACAUCUACAAACAGUUAGACAAAUUGGCAAAUGAU